AUGAAGCUGCUCUCGUUUCUCCCUUUGUUCGCUGCAGCAGCAGCUUUGCCGGCGGCUAAUCAUCUUGCGCCGCGAGCUUCGAUCUCCAAGGUCGACGGACUCAAGUUCAACAUUGACGGUGUGACAAAAUAUUACGCUGGCACCAAUAGUUACUGGAUACCAUUCCUCACCAACGAUAACGAUGUCGAUGUCAUCAUGGGCCACCUGCAGACUUCUGGACUGAAGAUCCUACGAGUAUGGGGCUUUAACGACGUAACCACAGUUCCCGGUUCAGGCACAGUCUACUUUCAGUCCUUCUCCGGAUCGACAGCAACCAUCAACACCGGCGCCAAUGGCCUUCAGCGCCUUGACGCGGUCGUGAAAGCAGCAGAGAAACACAGCAUUAAGCUUAUCAUCAACUUUGUCAACAACUGGACCGACUACGGUGGCAUGGCAGCCUACUUUUCCGCCUGCGGCGUGAGCAGCAACGCACAGUGGUACACAACCGCAAAAUGCCAGUCCUUUUAUCAAGCCUACAUCAAGGCUGUGAUCUCGCGCUACCGCACGUCUACUGCUGUGUUUGCCUGGGAGCUCGCCAACGAACCGCGCUGCAAUGGCUGCCAGACCUCUGUGCUCACAAACUGGAUCCGCCAGACGUCAAACUACAUUCGCUCACUCGAUAGCGACCACAUGAUUGCCAUUGGCGACGAGGGUUUCGGUUUGAGCGGAGACGGUUCGUAUCCCUAUCAGUUCAGUGAAGGGCUCGACUUCGCCGCCAACCUCGCAUUGCCUAACGUUUCAUUCGGUACAUUCCACCUCUACCCCAGCUCAUGGGGAACGACGAACUCCUGGGGCAACGCUUGGAUUACUGCACACGCAAAGGUCUGCGCGCAACUCAAGAAACCUUGUUUGUUUGAAGAGUAUGGAGUAUCGAAUGCGGCAGAUCACUGUCCCGUGGAGAGCGAGUGGCAGAAGACGAGUCUAGCGGCGAAAGAUAGCGGUAUGGCUGCGGAUCUGUUCUGGCAGCUUGGGGAUACUGUAAAGAGUACUGGACAGCAGACGCACAAUGAUGGACAUACGAUAUACUACGGUAGUUCGGAUUGGACGUGUCUGGUUACGAAUCACGUCAAGCAGAUUGGUUGA